ACGCUGUGAUGGGCUCUUGUACAAACGCAAAGUCGGGGUCCUCGGUACCACAACCCCGAAACAUGGAUAUUCCAUUCUGACCGCUUGACUGAAGCGGCAGUUUAUUGAAAUCGCUCGUUCGGGGCCACGCCCACACUGAGCUCCCUGAUCCUAGGGCAGGCAGGCAGAGUGUAAAAUGGCGCACAGCUGUCGGUGGCGGUUCCCUGCUCGGCCCGGAGGGAGCAGCAGCUCGGGCACCGGGAGGAAAGCGGGCCGAAUUCGGGUUACUGCUUCCCUCCUAAACAGCGCGGGGACUAAUUCGAACACGAACGGGCUCGGGCCCGGUUUCGACGCUGCGGUGCAAGUGUCCGCUGCCAUCGGCGACAACCUGCAGAAAUUUCGGGAUGUUUUGGGGGAUUCGAGCGGCUCCAGCAGCGAGGAGGAAGAAUUUGGUGGCUUUGAUCCAGUCAAUGAAAGCAGAACAAUACAAAGCCCAGGAAGGACGUCAAUAGGUCCUGUCACACCAGAAAAGAAGCCCAGAGGACGUCCUCCGAGGGCUCUGGCUACACAGAGAGUUGGCCCUAGUGUUGAGACAACCUCUUUGCCUGUCACCACAGUUCCUACAGAGAAGGUUAAACGACCACCAGGGAGACCCCCUGGCUCUGGAGAGAAAAGAAGAGGCCGCCCACCUGCUUCUGCCAGCCAGAGAAGCUGGCAACAGAGCAGCCAUGUACUGCCUGAAGAUGGUAGGGAUGCAGCACAGGAAUGCAUCUCCAGCCCCACAUGUCGCAAGGACACAGCAGAGGAUGAAGAUGAGGAGAAAAGGCAAACUCUGCUUGGGUCUGGGCAGCAUCAGGGAUCUGAGGCAAAGCUUCACAAAAUCAGCCGGGGAUCCAAGGUGACCAAACUGAAAAGACUUCAGGAUGUCAAACUGAGCCCACUGAAGUCUAGGCUAAAGGCCAUUGGGGGAAAAGGUAUCCCAGUUCCUGUCGGGCAAAAAAGGAAACGUGGCAGACCGCCUUCUGCUGAGCGCCUCAAAGCUGAGGCCGCUGCUCAGGCUGCUAUUGCCUCCUCGCUCCAUGAGUUGUCCUCUACAGUGCCUGGGACUGCCAAACAUAAAGCCUUCAGGGUUCGUCAGGUACAAGAUUUAGGUCCCAGCACACCACACGAUAUCAAGCUCAGGGCUUCUUAUCCUGCUGAUGAACGCACUAGCCCAGGUCCCCACGUCUCACCCCCAGCAGUCAACCCAGUAACACCUUCUAAACUUGGGAGGCCCUUAGGGUUACGUCAGAGCCCUCGUCAUAUCAAGCCUGUGCGUGUUGUCCCUUCCUCCAAACGCACUGAUGCCACUAUUGCAAAGCAGCUUCUACAACGGGCCAAGAAGGGAGCUCAGAAAAAGAAACUCUUGGAGAAAGAGGCUAUAGGCACCCAGGGAUCUGGAAGUCUUGAGGGUGGCAGGCACAGGAGGCGAACACAGCUAACGAAUAUCAGGCAGUUUAUCAUGCCUGUUGUGAGCACAGUGUCCUUGCGCAUCAUCAAGACUCCAAAGCGCUUCAUUGAUGAGGCCAGUUUCAGCACUCCACCGCCACACACAAAAAUUGCACGAUUGGACUCUGCCUCGGCACCCCAACCGGUAACGUCAUCCUCCCCCGCCCUUGUUUCCACAACACCGGUCACGAGUGGAGCUGCUGCCACACCAGGGGCAAGGCCUGCUGUUGAUUCUCUCCCACCCCCACCACCUCCUGUCUCGACCACGAGUGCCACCACGGUAGCGGUGACUCUCCUCAACAGCAGCUGCAACAACAGCGCUAGCAAUGGACGUUUCAGUAGCAGUGCGGCCUCCUGUGGCUCCAGUGCUGUUUCUCAGCAUUCCUCUCAGCUCUCCUCUGGUGAGUCAUCUCGAUCCAGCAGUCCAAGCCUUGACGACUCUUCCUGUGACUCGCAGGCCUCCGAGGGCACCCAGGCCCUCUCUGAAGAACCCGAUCAUUCCCCUGCCUUUCAGGGAGAGGCGAAGAUGAGCAUGCACCACGCCUCACACCCACCAUCACCACCAUCUGAGCCAGAGCCAGACCAUGUAGUGUUGGCACGCAGCAGGCGGGGUCGCAGAGGUCAAAGUCACAGGAGGGGGUCUUUAGUGGCACGUGGUAGAGGUAUUCUGGUUAGUGGAAGGAAACAGGCUAUUAUCAGCCCAGCCACAGGGGUUUUGAUGUCAACACAGCCCGGAUCUCAACAAGCCUCUUCCACAGCAUCUUCUUCCUCUUCCCCCCCACCACCUCCUCUUCUCAGCCCUCCUCAGCCUCCCCAAGCAGCUCCAGCCAAUACAUCUGAGCAUCACUCCCACUCUUCAUGGAUGCUGCCGCAUUCAGUUGCCCCCUUCCUGCCCACCUCCCUCUCCAGCGCUCACGAUAAACGUCGCUCCAUAUUACGUGAGCCCACUUUUCGCUGGACGUCUCUGUCAUGUGCCGAAAGUAAGUACUUCUCCUCUGCGAAGUACGCAAAGGAGGGCCUUAUUCGCAAGCCCACAUUUGACAACUUUCGUCCUCCGCCGCUCACUGCUGAAGAUGUGGGACUCAUUCCUCCAGGGCCUAGCGGAGGUGGCAUUGCACCUGGUGUAUUCCCUGCACCAGGCAGUGCAACUGGCUCCAGUACCAGGCUCUUCUCCCCCCUGCAUCAUCACCACCAGCAACCUUCGUCUCGCUUUGAUACACCACUCAAAAAGCACAGCCCUCUACUACGCCCCGCACUCUUCACUCCGAGUGCGGCUCAUUCCCGCAUCUUUGAGUCAGUCACCCUCCCAUCCUCAUCAGGCAGCAGUCCUGGCUCCCUGUCCCCACUUCAAGUCUCGCCAACAUCAAGCAAAAAGAGAAAGGGGUCUAGGUUCUCCCGUGGACAACCCAGGUCACCCUCACACUCCAUGACUACCAGGAGCAGUCAGUCAGGAGUUCAGACAGGGAAAUCCCCCUCUGAACAAUCCGUGUUGAGCAGUUCUGUUCCCAUAAGCGUGACUGGCAAUUCUAGCCCGUUGCCUGGAGUCAGUCCGCUUGUUGCUAGUGCCUUAAAUCAAGCUUUCAGCAGCUUUCCAUCAGGCUCCAUUGGCCUGACUGGGGUUGCGGCUGGGAGACGAGCAGCCGGGGGUCUCGGUGUAAGCAGGGGUUCUGCUUCAUCCUCACAGAUAUUCUCACUUUUUACACCCAAUGCUCAAACUUCUGGAAAGGCAGGAAGAGAACGCAGUGCCUCUGGUACAAGAGACACGGGUCCAAGGGAGAAGGACAGGGAAGCAGAGAAGGCUAGGGAACGUGAAAAAGAAAACAAGAGAGAUGGAAGGAAAGAUUGGGAAAGGAGAGGGAGGAGCCUUUCAUCAGAGGUUUCCCCCAGUUCUACAUCUAGCCUCUUUGUGGUGGAGGAGAGGGAUGUUGAAGAGUCUCUUACCCAGAAAAAAACACCUGGUCGUAAGAAAUCAGUCAUGGUCGAUUCUGGUGCAGAGGCCUCCCCGACUGAGUCUGCAUCAAUGCAGUCAAUUGGGGCCUUGCCAUCCAAGGGUCGUCUUCCAAAAAAAGGCAGACCUUCUGAGAAAAGUAUUGAAACGGAGGGUGUAGAGAGGGAGAAGGACAAGGAAAGGUUGAGUGCUCCUACCCAGGCGGGGCAGAUGAGAAAAACACCUGUAACCACAUCACUAACAUGGAGUCCAAGUACAGACAGGCGUGUUGUAAAACUGCUGAGAAAGGCUAAAGCACAGCUCAAUAAGAUAGAGAAGAGAGAGUUACAACCGGGUGAUCUGCCAAAAUUGCAGGGUCAGGAGAGUGACUCCUCAGAGACGUCAGUCCAUGGCCCACGCAUAAAGCAUGUGUGUCGUCGUGCAGCUGUAGCUCUGGGUCGCAACCGUGCUGUGUUCCCAGAUGAUAUGCCUACCCUUAGUGCCUUGCCAUGGGAGGAGAGAGAAAAGAUCUUGUCUUCCAUGGGAAAUGAUGACAAAUCGUCAGUUGCGGGGUCAGAGGAGGCAGAGCCAUCCACACCUCCCAUUAAGCCAGUAACAAGGCAAAAAACAGUCCAGGAGGCCCCUCCCAGGAAGGGUCGGCGCUCUCGACGCUGCGGGCAGUGUCCAGGCUGCCAGGUCCCGAAUGACUGUGGGGUCUGCACUAACUGCUUGGAUAAGCCCAAAUUUGGGGGACGCAACAUUAAAAAACAAUGUUGCAAAGUAAGAAAAUGUCAGAACUUGCAGUGGAUGCCGUCAAAGUUUAUUCAGAAGCAGGCAAAAGGUAAAAAAGAUAAGAGGAGAAAUAAAUGGUCCGAAAAAAAGGAUGCACAUCACCAUGUCAAAUCGCAGUGUUCUGAAGCAAGCCCCAAACCAGCCUCUUCUCCAAAAGAAGACCCGCCCCGUAAGAAAAGUGAAACUCCACCGCCUUUCCAGGGAGAGGACAAACAUAACCAGACGCAGCCUGCAUCACCAUCCUCACCAUCUUCCUCCCCAAAGCACCCCCCGCUCUCUAGUCCUUCUGGCGAUUCCAAGCAUUCUCAGGCCCCUUCGAGCUCUGCUUCCAGGAAGGAACGGAAGCAGCAGGCCAGUCCAUCAGCCACUUCUUUGCAUGCUGCCCCAUCAUCGCCACCAGCACAAUCCCAGCAGUCCUUGCAGCAGCAAAGCCAAGUGCCAGCAAAAAAGGAAGGCCUUUCAAAUUCCCAAACCAUUGAGCCCAAGAAAUCUCAGCAGCAAAGUCAGCCCAGUUCUACUAUAGACACAGAAGCAAAGCAAAAGAAACAGGCCACCCGAUGUGUACAACCAACCAAGCCUAAACCAAAAGAGAAGUUACCCACCAAACCAGACAGCAGUACUUUAAACUCCCAGAGCACUCCCUCGGCUGGGGGCACCACCAAGCAGAAAGCGCCCUACGAUGGAGUGCAUCGAAUCAGAGUAGAUUUCAAGGAGGAUCAUGACAUUGAGAAUGUCUGGGAGAUGGGUGGGCUCAGCAUUCUUACCUCCGUGCCAAUCACCCCACGGGUGGUGUGCUUUCUUUGUGCCAGCAGCGGUAACACUGAGUUUGUUUUCUGUCAGGUGUGUUGUGAGCCUUUCCACCUUUUCUGCUUGGGAGAGACAGAGCGCCCCCAUGAGGAACAGUGGGAGAACUGGUGCUGCCGCCGGUGUCGCUUUUGCCAUGUUUGUGGCCGGAAGUAUCAGAAAACCAAACAACUACUGGAGUGCGACAAGUGCCGAAACAGCUUUCACCCUGAGUGCCUGGGACCCAACCACCCUACCAGACCCACCAAGAAGAAGAGAGUCUGGAUUUGCACCAAAUGUGUACGCUGUAAGAGUUGUGGGGCCACUAAACCAGGGAAAGCUUGGGAUGCCCAGUGGUCACAUGAUUUCUCUCUGUGUCAUGACUGUGCCAAACUCAUAGCUAAAGGCAACUUUUGCCCGCUCUGUAAUAAGUGCUAUGACGACGAUGACUAUGAAAGCAAACUGGUGAAGUGCAGGAAGUGUGAUUGCUGUGUUCAUGCCAAAUGUGAACAUUUAACCGAUGACAUGUAUGAGCUCCUGUCGAACCUGCCUGAGAAUGUUGCCUAUACCUGCGUAAAAUGCACUGAGCCCCAUCACACUGAGUGGCGUGAUGUCCUGGAGAAAGAGAUUCAGAAAUCCAUGCGACAGGUUCUCACUGCCCUGCUCAACUCUCGCACAUCCACACACCUGCUUCGUUAUAGACAGGCCGUUAUGAAACCACCUGAGCUCAACCCAGAAACAGAAGAGAGACUUCCCUCACGCCGUUCCCCCGAGGGUCCUGACCCACCUGUGCUGACAGAGGUGUUGCCACCAAAUGAUUCACCUCUCGAUUUGGAGUCCGUGGAGAAGAAAAUGGAUUCAGGAUGCUAUAAAUCUCUUCUGGAGUUCAGUGAUGACAUUGUAAAAAUCAUCCAGACAGCCUUCAAUUCGGAUGGUGGUCAGAUGGAGAGCAGAAAGGCCAACAGCAUGAUCAAGUCCUUCUUUAUUCGGCAAAUGGAGCGGGUUUUUCCAUGGUUUGGAGUGAAGGAGUCCAAAUUCUGGGAGACGCACAAAGUUGCUUCCAAUUGCGGACUACUUCCGAAUGCUGUGCUGCCCCCUUCCUUGGACCACAACUAUGCCCAGUGGCAGGAGAGAGAGGAGAUAGCCAGAGCUGAGCAACCUCUGCUCAUGAAAAAGAUCAUCCCUGCUCCGCGACCUAAAGCCCCUGGAGAGCCUGAUUCUCCGAUGAUCCCCACACCACCACCACCACCACCUCCACCACCCAAGCUUAUCCAUGACUUGAGUCAUGAAGACAUCCCUGAGCUUCCCCCUCCCCCUGAUGUCGGUGACAACAGACAGUGUGCUCUUUGUCUGAAUUAUGGAGAUGAGAAUACAAAUGACUGUGGGAGAUUGCUUUAUAUUGGUAAGAAUGAGUGGACCCAUGUGAAUUGUGCUUUGUGGUCAGCAGAGGUGUUUGAGGAUGUUGAUGGUUCUCUCAAAAAUGUCCAUAUGGCAGUCAGCCGAGGCAAACAGCUGCGAUGUGAGAAUUGUCGCAAACCUGGAGCCACAGUGAGUUGUUGCCUGACCUCCUGUACCAGUAACUAUCACUUCAUGUGUGCCCGUCAGCAGCAGUGUGCUUUUUUAGAGGACAAGAAAGUUUACUGUCAGCGUCACAGAACUCUGAUAAAGGGCGAGGUGGUACCAGAGUCAGGCUUUGAAGUGACUCGGAGGAUCCUUGUGGACUUUGGAGGGAUUAGUCUGAGAAAGAAGUUUAGUAAUGGGCUGGAGCCAAACAGCAUCCACAUGAUGAUAGGGUCUAUGACCAUCGACUGUUUUGGUAUGCUAACUGAAUUGUCAGAUUGUGAGAAGCUGUUUCCUGUGGGAUAUCAAUGCUCACGGGUCUACUGGAGUACCCUGGAUGCCCGCAAGCGUUGCGUCUAUAAAUGUAGAAUUCUGAUGUGCCGGUCCUCUAUGACAGAAAAUAUUGAUAACAUUUCAUCAGUUACAGAGGACAACCGCACAGUGGCUCAUAGUCCUCCACCUAUAUCAGUUGAAGUGGAUUUGGCUUUGCCUGGACCCACAGAUUCCAUAAAACCCCAGAAUGUGCCUUCCAGACCAAAACCAAGGGUUUAUUUUAGAAACCGACACCCCAGCUACCCACCAUGUCAUCGUUCUCCCACUACCAGACCGCUUCCCUCCCCAGAUGGUUUUACCAGAUCAGUCCAUGAAAUUGUGACUGUGGGGGACCCUUUGCUGAGUUCAAAUCUACGAAGCAUCGGAUCUCGCCGACACAGCACUUCCUCUGUCUCCCCUCAACCGCACAGGCAAAAGGUUUCCUCCCCUCCACAGGGAGGAACAGUAUCUGGUCAGACCGGUAAUCCAUUUGCUGUCUUCCUGUCCUCAACCUCCAAGGAAACCAUAACCAGGGACAUGGGAAAAGGAAGAGCAACAUCUGGAGAAACAUCUCACAGUCGAGAGGCUAAUGCAAUAAACAGUGGGGCACAACGUCGACUCAAUUUUGGUUUCACUGAACGAAUAGAUGGUACCAAAAAGCAGUCAGAGGGUGACAGUUUGAAAUCAUCGCAACCAACUACCAUAAGUCAGGUGUCACCACCUCUUGGAACUGCCGUUUUGACAGGGCAUCAGAGAGGAAGUGGCAGUUUAAGAACAGAGAAGGGGAAGCAAGCCACAAAAGAUACCGACCUUCCGGCUGGAGCCACUUUUACGUCCAGUCAUCCACCUGCCACUCUUCCAAAAGACAAAGCUAAUCCAGUUAAAGAAGGUAAUGUUACAUCAGUGUCUGCAUCAAAAGACACAGGAAAGACUGGUUUGCCUCAGCCGGUUUACAGCAAAAGUGGAGGUAGGAAGUCCCAUGACUAUGUGUCUGGCCCAGCUCCAGCAGCAGCAAUGAAGCCUCUCUGGACAUCUGGUGCAAAGGUGGGAGAAGAGGACAUAAAGCGUGGUGUCCAGGCGGGUCCUGCCAUGAUUGCUAGUCAUGGAACUUCUAGCACCAAAGAAAAACACUCCAAAGCUAAAAUGAAUGUGACCAGAGAUGCAUCAAGAGAAAGAAAAGAAACUCCUCAAAACAGAAACCAGGUUCUCAACAGCAACUCAAAAAGCAGUGGCGUCAAAGCAGCUCAAGGUCCAACAGCAAACAACAGUAGCAAUAAAGCCACAGCACUGAGCCUUAACACACUUUCUGGCACAGUGGAAGUUAAUAAAUUGGAUCAAAAGGAAGGGGAAAAGCCAUUAAAGUCCAAAGACAGAUUUAGCCUCGAGAAAAAGCAUGCUUCAGCAGUGGAGGCUAUUCAGACAAAAACAGGAGUUGAGAGAAGUAUCAAGCCACCACACGUACACUCUAAAUCAUCUAAAGAAGUUGCUCCAGUUGAAAAGAAACAGAGAGAGAGACUGCCUUUGAAAAUGGAUCCUAACGGAACCAAAGCUGUUGGCAUAUCCCCUAACACAAACCCUGUCACGACCGGCAGCCAGGGCCCCCAAAGAAGGUCCUCUCGAACAAUGGUUUUCUCCCCAUCUGCAAGCUCUGAAAGUUCUGAGUCCGACAGCCACAUCCACCCGGACGAUUCGGAAGGGCAUCUUAUGGACCAUAUGUGUGCUGAUGAAGGAGAGGAUCAUAAUUUAGAAGAUGAAGGCAGUGUUGAUAAACACCAUGAGGAAGACAGUGACGGUUCAGCGGGUUCAGCGAAGCGCAGAUACCCAAGGCGGAGCGCCCGUGCGCGAUCCAACAUGUUCUUUGGAUUAACCCCUUUCUAUGGUGUGCGAUCAUAUGGUGAGGAAGACAUACCCUUCUACAGCAGCGGGGAAUUCUCCAUGAGAAAGCGGACGGGGAGCAGCAAACGCUCGGCUGAAGGACAAGUAGAUGGAGCAGAUGAUAUGAGCACAUCUUCCUCGGCAGACAGCGGAGAGGACGAGGAGGGAGGAAUUGGUUCGAACAAGGAUGCAUACUAUUAUAACUUCACACGCACUAUCAUAAACCCUAACUCUGGUCUUCCACCAAUUGCUGGCAUUGAUCAGUGUUUAGGAAGAGGGUCACAAAUCCACAGGUUCUUGAGGGAUCAGGCGAAGGAGCAGGAUGAAGAUAGCGACGAGGUGUCGACCGCAACCAAAAAUUUGGAACUGCAACAGAUCGGUCAGCUGGAUGGUGUGGAUGAUGGUUCUGAGAGCGAUGUUAGUAUAAGCACCAGCAGUACGACCACUGCCACUACUUCAUCCACACACAAAAGUUCAACAAAGAGGAAGGGAAGAGAAAGCAGGGCUGACAAAUUAAGUAUCGACUCAGGGAAAGAGGCAGAGAAUACCACGAGUGCAGGGGGUGGUAGCUGUAACAGUCGUAAAAAUCAGAAGGAUAACUGUCUUCCGUUAGGGAGUGUGAAAACACAGGGACAAGACACUCUUGAUUCUCAGUUGUCUCUUAGCACUGAUCUCCUCAAGUCUGAUUCUGAUAACAACAACAGUGACGACUGUGGUAACAUCCUGCCGUCUGAUAUAAUGGAAUUUGUGCUGAAUACCCCGUCAAUGCAGGCGUUAGGACAGCAGACAGAAGCUCCUUCUGCUGAACCCUUCUCUUUAGAUCAGAGUUACGGGGUGGACGUUAACCAAAGGAAGGACAUGCUGUUUGAAGAUUUCACUCAGCCGUUGCCUAGUGCCGAAUCUGUGGAGAGCGGAGUGAACAGUUCAAUUGCCGUAGAAGAGCCCUACGUUCUUCCUCUCGAGCUGCCCUCCGACCUCUCUGUUUUAACAACCCGGAGUCCAACGGUAAACAACCAGAAUCAUGGCUCACUCAUCUCUGAAACCUCAGAGCGCACCAUGUUGGCACUCACCACAGAGGAAUCUGGAGAAGAAAAAAGUGAGAAGAAACAAAGAACAGGUGUCACCGUAUCCACCAAAAGCCCACAGGACAGAUGUGGAGAUUCCCAGGUUCCAGAAGGUCACAUGACUCCAGAACAUUUUAUUCCAGCACGCAUUGAUGGCGACCACAUUGCGAGUCCUGGAGUGGCAGACACGGGGAGCCAAGAUCCGACAAGAACUACAAGCACACCAGGUUUACCUAGUUCGCCCACUGUUCCUCUCCAAAGUCAGAAGUUCACUCCUGCAGCCACAAUCAGUUCAGGUCCUGCUCCGAUCACAAGCUCGGCUGUUCAAGCUACUGCCUCUCAAAUAAAACCUUGUCCAGAGAAACUGAUAGUGCUAAACCAACAUCUACAGCCACUCUAUGUAUUGCAAACCCUUCCUAACGGUUUAACACAAAAGAUUCAGAUCGCCUCAUCUGGAACAAGUGUCAUGAACACGAGCGCCCCUGUUUUGACAGGCCUCAGUGCUGGCAUCUCCACCUCACAGUCCAUUUUUCCUGCUGGUGGAAAAGGAUUAGUUCCCGUUUCUCACCACCCACAAAUCCAUGCAUUUACUACUACCACUCAGACAGGUUUCCAAUCGGUUAUUCCAAGCACCACAUCAGGCCUCCUCAUAGGAGUCCCCUCUCAUGAUGGCCAGAUUGGCGUAACUGAGGCAAGACACAGGCACGAUAAUUCUACUAGUGUCGCUAGUGCCUCAUCCAUUAUGACAGCUCCUCCCAUGCUCCCCUCUGUUCAAGGCAAGAAACGUAUUUCACGUCUUCAUUCCCAUAAGAGCAAGAAACCGGCACGUUCAAAGAGUCAACCCACACUUGCUCCUUCAGAUGUUGGGCCCAACAUGACCCUUAUAAACCUUUCGCCUUCACAAUUUGCUGCAGGAAUCCCUGCCCAGCCAGGCCUGAUAACCGCGACGACCACACCUCAUCGCAAAAUUCCCAACAUCAUAAAACGACCCAAAGCAGGGGUGAUGUAUUUGGAACCUACUCUCCUUCCACAACCCAUGCCCAUUUCCACCACAGCACAGCCUGGCAUGCUGGGACAUGAUUCCUCAACUCACCUGCUGCCGUGUACAGUGUCAGGGCUCAACCCAAAUCAGUCUCUUUUAAACGUGGUGUCGGUGGCUCAGAGUGCACCUGGAAACUUUUUGGGGGCAGGCUCGGUGUCACUGAGUGCUCCAGGCCUCAUUAGCUCGACAGACAUCACAGGACCUAUAAGUAACCUGCUUAUCAAAGCCAACACUCACAACCUGGGCCUCCCAGAGCAACAGAUGGUUCUUCAUUCGGGAACCCCGAUGAUGUCUCAGCUUACUAAUCCUGUCCAGACAUCCAUUGCUAGCAGCAUCUGCGUUUUUCCCCCAAACCAAAAUAUAAGCAUGUCUGUCAACCAACAGGUGGACAAGGAGGGCAGCGUUCAUCUCCAGCAUUCAGUCGGUCGGGUCCUGACGGAUAAAACUGUUGACCCGAGUGCAAGUUCAAUGGGUCAGGUGGCUCUCGCCCCUUAUCCUGUUACUCGAGAACUAAACAAAGGUCAUGUGCUUGGAGUCCUGACGCAGAGCUCACGAACCUCUCCCAUUGCACGACCACCGCAUCAGCUACAAUCCUUUAAGUCGCCUGCUGGACGUGCCUCCACGGCAAAAGGAAAGCAAAAAGCUAAACGGCCUCGACCAAGCUCAGAUAAGAGCGGUGGAAAGAAACAUAAAGGACUUCAGUCAGAUAUACUAACGGUUGACAUCUCUGCAAUUCAAGCCUCGUCUUUUACAGGGGACCAGGAACUUUCAUCACCUGAGCCAAUGGAUACAGGGCAGUCUAAUGAAAGUGGUUCAAAAAAGAGCAAUUCUGUGACUAUGAGAGCUGAUUCACUUAAACAAACGACCAUAGCUACUUGUGAUAAGAACCCAAAGACUGCGGUGGAAUCACCCGAUCACAGGGACAGUGGGAGAGACUCUUCUUUGGACUACAAACCCAGGAAAGGGCUUAUGUUUGAAAUCUGCAGUGAUGACGGAUUUCAGAUUCGCUGUGAAAGUAUUGAAGAGGCAUGGAAGUAUCUGACAGAUAAGGUACAAGAAGCUCGGUCCAAUGCUAGACUCAAGGCUCUUUCGUUUGACGGAGUGAAUGGGUUGAAGAUGCUGGGUGUGGUCCAUGAUGCUGUAGUGUUUCUACUGGAACAGCUUUAUGGAGCAAGGCAUUGUCGAAACUACAAGUUCCGCUUCCACAAACAAGAGGAGCCAGAUGACCCUCCUAUCAACCCGCACGGAUCCGCCCGUGCUGAGGUGUACCACAGGAGAUCAGCUCUGGACAUGUUUAAUUUCCUGGCAUCAAAGCAUCGUCAGUCUCCUGAAUACUACCCCCAGGAGGAAGAUGAUGAGGAAAUGCAGCUGAAAUCUGCUCGACGGGCCACCAGCAUGGAGUUACCACUUCCUAUGAGGUUCCGGCACUUGAAGAAAACAUCCAGCGAGGCUGUAGGUGUCUACAGAUCAGCCAUUCAUGGCAGAGGUUUGUUCUGCAAAAGAAACAUUGAUGCUGGAGAGAUGGUGAUCGAGUAUUCUGGGACUGUCAUACGCUCUGUUCUCACUGACAAGCGGGAGAAGUACUACGAUGGCAAGGGCAUUGGCUGCUACAUGUUUCGUAUUGAUGAUUAUGAAGUCGUUGAUGCCACCAUGCACGGCAAUGCAGCUCGUUUCAUUAACCACUCCUGCGAGCCCAAUUGUUUCUCCCGUGUCGCCAGCAUCGAUGGUCAGAAGCACAUUGUCAUUUUCGCCAUGCGCAAAAUCUAUAGAGGAGAGGAGCUCACAUACGAUUACAAGUUCCCCAUUGAAGAUCCAGGCAAUAAGCUGCCUUGCAACUGUGGGGCAAAGAAGUGUCGCAAGUUUCUCAAUUGAAAGCAAUUCACAAGCUGAAACCAUCUGUGAAAUGCGUAAAAAGAGUGUAUAACUUUUAAAAAAUGUUUUAUUAUUGAAGCAGGCUCAGGUUAUCGGAGGGUUCAUAGUAUUGUGCCUCUUAAGUUUGUAUUUAAAAAAAAAGGCAAAUGAGGAGAGUCGCAACAGAGAGGAUCAUCUUUAUGUCCUCAUUAAAUGCCCAAUUUAAGAGAUUUGUGCCCCCCCAUUCUUAACUUUUGUAUAUGAUAUUUUAUUUGUUUUGUUUAAUUUCGUUUUUUAAGACGGUGAACUGUUUUAAAUUUGUAUUGAGUCUGGCCUGCCCUUGCUUACGAGCCUGAAUUACUAAAACGUUGCCACAUUGUUCCAUUUUUCACCAAAGUGCAAUUUUGGAAGGGAAAGAUUUAAUCUUUAUAGACUGAUGAACUGCAGUCAGUACAUAAUCCUCUUGUUUUUAGCCUGACCUGUUUAAACUUCUCUCCCUUUUUGAAUGUACAUUGAAGCCUUUAGAGCAUCCAUGGUCGUCCUUUCCAAGCUGGGCCUGAUUCUCUUAUGGAAGACACUGUAAAUAUCACCUUGUAUGCAGAGAUAAAUAAGGGGAAACACUAGGGGGAGCAGUGGUCCCAGGAAUUAAUUUUUAAUCUGCGAAAAAGCUUAAUUUUGUCAAUGGUAGAAAGAAACGUGAGUAUGCAUAGUGUGUUUGACAUGGGAAGAGUAGGCCAGCAUACAUUUUAGGAGAGGAGGUGAGUUUUAGGGGCUGGCUGGGCUGAGAUCCUGGUGGACUGACAGCCAAUUGACCACAGCUUCUGAGGUCUGGGGGAAUUGCAUUUGUUUUAUUUUACUGUCCAUUUUUAUAGUCAUUCAAAGAAAGAGUAGCUAAAUCACAUUUCAUUGCAGAAGAUUAUUUGCAUGUGCUAUAAAAUUUGUACGAUUUAAUUGAUCUUGUCAGAGUCCAAAUGCUAUAGCCUGUUUAUUUAUUGUGUCUCGGCAAAGGGAAAUUAAUUCUCCCUAAGCUUGUGGUUAUGUACACAAUUAUUAAGAUCAUGUUUGAGACGAUUUAAUACUUUUAUUUCUCUUACUGACAAAGAAGUAUCAUUUAUUCAGUGUGUAUAUAAUAUGUAUAUUUUUCUAUACAAAGAACUAAAAAGCACUCAUUGGGAAAUAGCACUUACUGUGUAAUGAUUGUAUUUAUAUUUUUAAUAAAACGUAUUUAUUUUGUCAACAUUUUUGUAGGAAAUUGUAGAGAUUUACAACACUAAUGCUUUGCCCAGACAUUUUUAUAGCGCUGUCUCUUUGAAAGAUUUUUUGUUUAUAUUUUUUGUAGGCCAAAUUUUCUUUUCUAUUCCAAAGACUGAAGCGGUUACUGUUCCCACAGAAUGCGGUCCACCAGUGGCUCACAUUGCCAACCCAAUCAAGCAUGAACAUUUCAUAUUAGGUUUAGUGAGCUGUGAAGAUUUUAAGGGAGUCGCAAGUGCAGAUAUGUUUGAUUUGACUCUCUUUGUGCCAGCCUUACAAUCACAUUUAGGAACAGCCCACCUUCCCCUUCAAAGCCCUCUUAUCUAUUUGUAAACGUCGCGCAUUUCCUCUCAAGAGUAAAAUGUAGAAAAGAUGCGUGGAAUCAUUCUCUGCCAUUCUAGCAACUGACAAGUUCCAAAGUUUAUUCCAUAUAUUUUGUUAUAUCAAAAUAUUUUCUUAGAGAUUGGUGUAAUGCAAGGAAUUUGCCACGGAGGCUUUCCCAUGUAAAACUACUUCUAAAGCACUAUAUAUAUGGAGGAUUGGAGGGCAGCGGGCUCUCUGUUUUUCCUCAUUGUCUUGUGCACUGAAGAUUAGUCGUCUUCCCAGUCUUCAACACGUGUUGCCUUGGCACUGUGGCUCCAGCUAGCCAUUCAAUGCACAUUUUGUGCUUGUAUCAUCGCUCUUUUCUCUAUAAUACCCAUCGUGCUUGUUUUUAUCCAUGCCCUUUUAAGGGUUUUGUUUGACCCCUUUUAAAAUAAGGCAACUGUUAUGGCAACACAGAUGUGACUUGUAUUAUUAUGUGGAUUGUUCUUCCAUGGUUCUUUAAGAUAUGAAGUUUGGUGCCUUCUAAGUAAAUUUGUUAUGGAAAAAUCCCCCCGUGUGUCUUGACAGUGUAGACGUUUGCCGGCAUGCAUCUCUUGGGGAUUGCAGAAACCUAGGGCACAAACAGAUUCCUUUUAUGGGUAAACAAUCCACUUGAAGUUUGACUGUAUUGUUUUGUUUUUCACCGAAGUUCUGAUGCUUUUUAAAGGGAUGCUGUAGCACGAGGAUGUGGACGGGUAUUGCGGAACGAUUUGGGGUCUGUAAAUACCUCUUCACAAAGCUGCUUUGUGCAACUGUGGCUUCCUCAACGAGCCACUAUUAAGGCCAGUUUCUCUCAUUGCCUCGCAGGUUUUUGAUACUUUUUUUUCUCAGCCACUGCAGACUUCCCCUUCCCAAUAUCACUGUUGAUCAUUUCCCAGCAUUUCACUUUGACUACAGCACUGAAGAUCUGAGUUCUGUAUGUUGCGCACGCAUACGUUUAUCAUUGUAUAUGCGUGUUUUGUUAUGGAAUCGUGGUUUAGCCAUUAUUAUUUCAGGGAUAUUCGGGGUCUGCCCGACCUUCCUGGCACCCCUGUGGAACAGGGAUGUGCUGAAUUCUGCAGCUUGGCCGUUGUUGAAUGUAUUCUUGAUCUUACGAAUUUAUUUCCUUCAUUUUUUCCAACAAGAAAGGCUGGGAAGAUACAGGAUUUGUAUUUCAUAAAAUGGGAGGGUAAUACACAAAUGGCAAUCUUUGCAGGGUUAUACAGAAACUAUUGCUCAGUCUAACGAAAUAAGAUUUUAUUUUAGUAAUAUAUUUUCUUUUGUAAUGCAGUUACAAAGGGCUUUGAAAUAGACUCCUGCACAGACAUCAGUACAACUUCAGACGCUCCACAAACCGACGUGAUAGUGCUCAGUCAGUGUUGCAGAAGCAGACAUGCUCUGUUGUUUUCCUGGACUUUACUCUUCCACACCACGCAUGUGGUACCACACCUGUAAUUAUAACCUACAAUAUGUACACACACAAUAUAGGUGGAUAUAUAUAUAUAAACUAAACGUGUAUGAAUAGUAACUUGUACUUCAAUAUCUACACAAUAUACGGAAUGGUCAGACAAACUUAGUUACGGUAGCAAACAGCAACUUCAUAAUGGUUAAUUGCAAUGUUCAGUGUAUAAUCUAAUGGUUUUGUGUUACAGGUAAACUUAAGAGUAACUAAUGUGCAUCAUUUUAAUAUCAAGAUCAAGUACCAGUUUUUCUGUGCCUGUGUAAGUUCCCUCAAGCGGAGCUUUGCCGUUUUUCUUAAUUCUUUUCGUUUUAGCAUUUUAUUUGGAAAUGAGCGGUAUUUAUAUGAUGACACAAGUUCAUGUAAAAUGUGGUUGUAAACUUCUGUAUUUCUUUUUUUUCCCGCUUUUGAUGGUGUAGUCUGCUUUAUUUUACUUGUACAUUUUUAACAAUUUGUGGACAUCAGGAGAAAAAAGUUCUUGCCUGAACCCAGCCGUGUCACCUGUACCUCUCUAUCCUAUUGGGACUUAAGUUGUACUUUUUCUUACGUCAUGUUUUGUAAUAAGUAAUGGUAACCAUUCUAUUUAUUUAUUUCUGAAAACGUUGAAACAUCUCUAGAUUUACACUGAGGUAGAGGUGUCACGUACGCUCCCUCUGAGAGCAGUUGACACAGCUCCCUGUUUAUGGAAAUGUAUGGUUCAGUUUGUACAGAAAUGUGUUGCGGACCAUCUGAGGUACUUUAGGGAGCGAGAGAGGUCGCAGCCUUGAGACGGGGAGAUUUUAAUUUGUUCCUCCUUAGUUUUCCUUUGUCUUAAGAACGCUUCCUUUCCUCUUCAAGAAUUUCAUGUUGAUAUGAAUACUGACAGUUUUAGUUUUUUUUUACUUUCUCCAAGUUUGCCCCAUCAGUGUUUUACCAUUUUAUAGAAAAAUGAAGGAAAAUUGUCAAUCCUGAAAUAGUCAACCACAAACUACUUAAGGAUGAAUGUAUAAUGAGGAAAAAAAUUGUACAUAACUGUAAAAAGGAAAAUUUCUAAUCAUGUUUAUUUUCUAUGCACUUUUUUAUUUAAGUGAUAGUUUAAAUAAUAAACAUGUCUUGUUUA